AUGGCUUCCAUGCUUCCUGCACAACGGUCGACGGUCCAGUGCCUCCAGCGCAGGUUUACCUCUCCAGCUUCAGUUAAUGGUCUGCUGCGGACGUCUCUAUCACAGUCGAGCAGCUCUCGAUCACAACCACUCCUGACUUCCUCCUCUCGAACAAUUGUUACUCAUAUCAACCGACCAUUCUCACCUCCCAAAUCUACACGAAGCCAAGGCAGUCUCCAGCAGCAGCCAGCUGCACCAGAAACCACUCCCGCUCUCCCUCUCACAAACCUGCCAUAUUUCAUCCGCCGUACCCCAUCGAAUCAACUGCCCAUCUACCUCGUCACCAAGGCCGGAGGAACCAAGCAGGAGACCCGAGUACGAAAGACAGAAGGAGAUCUCAAUGCCCUCCGCGCCGACCUAGUGAAGUAUCUAGGUCUCGAGGCCAAGCCGUCAGAAGUCUAUAUCAACCAGAUCAAUGGACACGUUACUAUAAAGGGAUGGCGAAAACCAGAAGUGAUGCAGUUCCUUCUUGAUCGAAAAUUCUAA